AUGCGACUACCUGACCUGCUAUCUGCUAUUACUCUAAACCUCGUUCUAGCGUUGUUCUCGAUGGUGAUGGCAAUAGUUGCUCUCGGCCUUCUGGCCUUUGUCCUCGCCAAGGACAAUUACCUCCACAAAGAGAGCCCACCCACUAUGAAGAACGACAAAAUCAAACGUCAUGAAAGUGUUGUGGUCGACUUCAAGAAUCCAAGCACCGUACCGGACCACUUUCUUGAACUGAAUACCUUGAUGUUCCAAAAGAAGCCUAAAAACAACCAGGUGACCCAUAUGCCUGGCGCUGUGCCAUUAUCCGGCAUGGAUCUCAUGUCUUCAUCAAAAGAAGAUCAGACUGAAGAUAGCACACGUCAGGUUUUACCGUAUUGCGAGCUCAAAGGAUCCAUACCUGAGGCAAGCUCCACGAUGCACUCACCGUCGUCAUUCGUGACUGACUCUGGAAUCUCCGACGAGGACUACACAUCCGACUCAACAAGCUCAACGCCGAGCUCAACGAACGAGAAACCACGUAAAACUACGAACAGUUCAGAAGGAUCUGGUUGGAUAGAGGAACGAGUGACGAUCGAGCCACCGGCAGAGAAGCGUAUUGUCGAUCUCGAAUGCGGCUCAGAAGUCUCCCUCUGUUAG